AUAUACGAUCCGGUAAAGAUAAUCUUAAUGAGCUUGAAAAUAAAAUAAAAGAAUUUCAACAAAGUGUCUUAUCAGUAACCUCAAUUACAUCAUUUAUUAAUAAGUAUAAAUCAGUUUCUAUGAAAGCAGACCUAUUACCUAUCCUAAACGCGAGAGGAAUAGAUUAUCUUAAUAAGAAUUUAACUAUUAAUAAAAUUUUAUUAGAACAUCAAAAAAAUCAUAUUUAUAUAUUAUUUGACACUGAUAACUAUAUUAUUAAUAUCGAUUCGCCAGUGUGGAGUGCAUUUUUAAAAAUACCCAGUAUAAAUGAGGAGCCGAGCAAGUUCUUUAUAGCCGAUCCUACAUCAUACAAAGGAACAGAUAGACCCGAUCAUCCAGUUAUUCACCAUUAUAUUAACGGACAAUUAAAUAGUAACGAUUAUUAUAAUGAUAAAAAAACGUUAUUCACAUCAAAUAUUAUUAAAUUUAGUACUUUACCAUUUACUAAACCGAAUUAUAGUCCUAGUAAAAAAGAGCGGCUGAUGGUACCUUGCCCCUGUUCAUUAACAAAUGGUUGUUUACCCUUAAAAUGUGAAUGGAUUUGUAUCAGAUGCGAACAGUAUAUAGAAUAUGGGUACAACAAACACUUAUACUGUGGUUGUGGGGAAAAUAAAAUUGAUCACUGCAAAUUUAAGUGUAGUAGUUCACUUCACAUUAGUAGUUACAUUCCUUUUGAUCAAAAUAUAUUAGUUGAAUUUUUACCAUCAGUAGCUCCGCGAGAAGAAAUAAAUAUAUUAUUACUCGGUGAAACUGGUACAGGAAAAUCCACAUUUAUAAAUGCCUUUGCAAAUUAUUCUAAAUUUAAUAAUUUAGAUGAUGCAAUUUCUGGCAAGUCAUGUACUAAAGAAUGUGGUAUCUACGUGUUUCCGGUAGCUGAAAAUAAAGUUAUAAGAUUAAUCGAUACACCCGGGGUAGGAGAUACUAGAGGGAUUGAAUAUGAUAAAAAAAAUUUUGAAAAUAUCUUAAAGAAUAUAAAUUACCACGCCCAUCUGAAUGGGAUUUGCAUACUCCUUAAACCUAACAAUUCACGAUUGGAUGUAAUAUUUAGAUUUUGUAUACAAGAAUUAUUAUCACACCUUCAUAAAAAUGCUAAAGAUAAUAUUAUCUUCUGCUUUACUAACACCAGAGGAACAUUCUUUCGACCAGGAUACACAUUACCAGUGCUGAAUAAACAACUCAAAGAACUUGAAAGCAAAUCAGGUAUUGAAAUAAAAGUUUGUAAAGAUACACAAUAUUGUUUUGAUAAUGAGCCAUUUAGGUUUCUAGCAGCAAAUAAGAAAGGAAUAAAAUUUACAGAUGAUGAAAAGAAAAACUUCGCAUCUAGUUGGGAAAAAUCUGCGAAGGAAUUAGUGAGACUCCUUCAAUAUAUUUCAAAUUGUACACCUCAUAAAAUAAUUGAUACUGUAUCGCUUAACAACGCAAGACAAACUGUGAUGAUACUUUGCGAACCUCUUGCAGAAAUAAAUCGUAAUAUCCAAGAAAAUAUUUCUGAAGUUAAUAAUCUAAAAGAUGAAAUACAAAGUUCCAACUUAACCGACGAAGAGCUUAAAAAUAAGCUGUAUGUUCCACGUAUAGUGCUUAAGUUGACGCGAUUGGAACGACCCAGAGUUGUAUGCACAAAUAACAAUUGUAAGGUACAAAAUAUCAAUAUAACAAUUGAGAAUUGUCAUGUUAAAUGGAAAGAUUUAAAUAUUUUUAUGCUAAAGCAUAGUGGAGCUAUGAUGUUUGGAAACUGUAGAUCCUGUGGCUGCCAUGCAAGAAGUCAUAAAACGACCUUUUAUAAGAGCAUAUCUGAAUAUUCAAAGGAAACUGAUGAAAAUAUAAAAAAUAAAAUCCUAAAAAAUGAAAUAGAUCAAAAGGACAAACAAGAUCAUAUAGAAAUGCUCCAAAGAAAGAUUAACCAGCUCAAAGAACAACAGAAUACAGUCGACGAUAUCAUAAUCCAGUUUACACAAUUUUUAAUACAAAACGCAAUAGCUCCUUUUAACGAUGUAUAUAUGGAAUAUCUAGAUUAUAUCAUACAUCUUGAAAGAGAGAAGAUUAAUAACACUUCCAAACGCUACAAUAAUGAAAUACUUAAAGGAUUAGAAGAAACAAAAAGAAAAUAUUAUGAAAAGAUGAAAAUAAUUAAAAAGAAAAUUGGAAACAAUGAACCCUCUCCUGCUCGCUCUCUUCUGAAGAC